GAUAGAUCAACAAUGUACGCAUCGUUUAUUAACCAAGAGAGUAUAGGUCAUUAUGUCACUAUUAUAAAACUCUCAAUGAAUUCAUUAUCGGCACUUGAAUUUUCUCCAACUCAGCAAUUAUUUCGCCCGAUAAAUCAGUGAAAAAACUUGUCCACGCGAGAUAGAGAAAAUAGGUGGAAAAUAAUUAUGUAUUCAUCUCUACGGUUUAGCAAAAUCUAAAAGAAUAAAGAUAUAAACAGCAAGCCCCAGCGACACCACACGAGCUAACCGGAAGUGAUGGGACGUGGAUGAACUGUGAACUCCAGGACUCAUACCUCAGACGGUCUAUGCUGUUAGUCAAGGGUAGAUCGAGCAAAGAAUCCGGCGAAAAUGGAGAUCGAAAUAGUUGGAGCAAAAAAAUUAAACUCCAUAAUUACUGUCAGAGUAACCGAAAGCACAACAAUAGGUGAUAUAAAAAAAGAAUUGAAUAAACAGAAGAAGGCCCCUUACGUAGCUCGCCAGUGCCUCCGGACGGAUCCAAAAGGCAAGUCAUUGUCAGACUCUGAGACAGUGAAGUCAUUGGGUCUCAGUAAUUCUUCGCAACUAUACUAUAAAGACUUGGGCCCCCAAAUCGGCUGGAAAACAGUUUUUCUGGUUGAAUAUGCUGGACCCUUGUUUGUCUACAUCUGGGUGUACACGCGACCCUGGAUAUUCUACGGAGAAACCAAUCAAGAAGCAAAGCCCGUUGUCCACUAUGCUGCAGUCUGCUGGACAAUUCACUACGCCAAGAGGCUGUUCGAGACGAUUUUUGUCCAUCGUUUCAGUCAUGCAACGAUGCCCCUCAGAAAUUUAUUUAAAAAUUGCUUAUACUAUUGGCUGUUUACUAUGUAUGUCGCCUAUCACGUAAAUCAUCCACUGUACACCGAACCAAGUGGAGCUGCAUCAGCAAUUGGUCUUGCAAUUUUCGUAAUAUGUGAGUUAGGUAAUCUGAGUAUUCACCUGGCCCUGAGGGACCUCAGACCAGCAGGCACAGCAGUCAGAAAAAUUCCAGUGACCACUGGUAAUCCAUUUACAUCACUCUUCAAUUCUGUCUCCUGUCCUAAUUACACCUACGAAAUUGGCAGUUGGAUUGGAUUCACCAUUAUGACUAAAUGCCUUCCAGCUGCACUCUUUGCAUUCGCCGGUGCUUACCAAAUGAGCGUGUGGGCCCUGGCAAAACAUCGAGCUUACAAAAAAGAAUUUUCCGAUUACCCCAAAGGUCGAAAAGCUAUUAUUCCGGGUUUAUUCUAAACAAUUGAUUCCUCUAUGUCUCUUUAUUGAGCUUAAAAUUUUAUUCUAUUUAUAUCUGAGUACUAUUUAAUUAAGGUAAUCGAUCCUUAUUCGGCUCCCUUUUUCAUUGUCUUAAUAAAUCAUAUUUUGUAUAAUA